AUGGGUCUCUUGGAGGAAGUCUACGGAAAUGAAUUAAUUGACGAGCAAGCUCCUCAGCAGUAUACUGAGUAUCGAUCGGAGAAGGGAUUUGGCUGGGCUGACGCUCUUCCCGCCAAACAGGGUCUCUACAACCCUGAACUUGAAAAGGAUGCUUGUGGUGUAGGCUUCGCUGCCCAUAUUAAGGGCAAGGCGAGCCACAAAAUUGUUAGCGAUGCCCGGAGCUUGCUGUGCAACAUGACUCACCGUGGAGCCGUCGGCUCGGACGUGCGCGACGGUGACGGUGCUGGUGUCAUGACCAGUAUCCCUCAUAAAUUCUUCGUAAAGAAUUUUGCUCGUGAGGCUGGGCUGGAACUGCCCCCUCUGGGGCAGUAUGCCGCCGGUAACCUCUUCUUCAAACCGGACAACGAGACGUUGAAAGAUUCCAUUGCCUCUUUCGAAGAUAUCGCUGCUUCGCUCGGCUUGCGGGUACUUGGCUGGCGUGAGGUGCCUCGCGACUCGACUCUCUUGGGACCCGCUGCCUUGUCGCGUGAGCCCACUAUCAUGCAGCCAUUCGUUGUGCUGCGUUCUGCAUACGGAGAGGGAAACAAACCUGAAAUUACCGACCCCGAAAAGUUUGACGACCGCCUUUUUGAGAGGCAACUGUACGUUUUGCGCAAGCGGGCUACACAUGUGCUUGGCUUGGCCAACUGGUUCUACCUCUGCUCCCUCAGCAACAGAAACAUCGUUUACAAGGGUCAAUUGGCUCCUGUUCAGGUGUAUGAAUACUACCAUGAUCUAGUCAAUGUCGACUAUGAAGUCCAUUUCGCCCUCGUGCACUCCCGUUUCUCCACAAACACAUUCCCUUCGUGGGACCGCGCGCAACCGCUUCGGUGGGCCGCUCACAACGGUGAAAUCAACACUCUCAGAGGUAACAAGAACUGGAUGAGGGCGCGCGAAGGUGUACUGAGAUCUGAUAUUUUCGGCGAUGAGCUUGAUUCCCUCUACCCGAUCGUUGAGGAUGGUGGUUCAGACUCGGCUGCGUUCGAUAACGUUCUUGAGCUUCUCAUGAUUAAUGGUGUUCUGUCGCUGCCCGAAGCAGUCAUGCUGAUGGUGCCGGAAGCCUGGCAAAACAAUGCUGCCAUGGAUCCCGCCAAGGCUGCUUUCUACGAAUGGGCCGCAUGCCAGAUGGAACCCUGGGAUGGUCCAGCUCUCUUCACAUUCUCAGACGGUCGCUACUGCGGUGCCAACCUUGACCGAAAUGGUCUCCGUCCUUGCCGUUUCUACGUCACUGAUGAUGACCGCAUCAUCUGUGCCUCUGAAGUUGGUACUAUUAGCUUGGACCCCGAGUCUAUCGUUCAAAAGGGUCGUCUGCAGCCUGGAAAAAUGCUGUUAGUCGACACCGUUGCCGGUCGCAUCAUCGAUGAUGCAGAACUGAAGCAGACCGUGGCUCACCGUCAGGAUUUCCGCGCCUGGCUGGACAAGGAAUUGAUCACCCUUCCUAUUGUCGAGAAGGGCUUGCAGGCACAGAGCCAUGAUUUCAACAUUACGCUUGAUGAAGCCACCAUCCAAAACGACGUUAGACUAAAGGCCUUUGGAUAUUCUUUUGAACAAGUGAGCUUGUUGUUGGCUCCCAUGGCCGCUGAUUCCAAGGAGGCAUUGGGUUCUAUGGGUAACGAUGGGCCUUUGGCUUGCUUGGCUCAACAACCCCGUCUUUUGUAUGAGUACUUCCGUGAACUUUUUGCCCAGGUCACCAACCCACCCAUCGAUCCCAUCCGAGAGGCCAUCGUCAUGUCGCUCGAGUGCUACGUUGGCCCACAAGGAAACUUACUUGAGAUCGAUUCCUCCCAGUGCAAUCGUCUCAUGCUGCCAUCUCCAGUGCUUACAUUGAGCGAGUUUGAAACCAUCAAGAACAUGACCAAAGUCAAUCCAGAAUGGAAUGUGAGAGUUAUCGACAUUACCUUUGAGAAAUCGAAGGGUGUUCAGGGCUAUUUGGAUGCUCUUGACAGCAUCUGUGAAGCUGCUACCGAAGCUAUUCAGGCUGGUGACAAGAUCAUAAUUCUGUCCGACCGUGCUACAUCUGUCAACCGGGUGCCUGUUUCUGCUUUGUUGGCUACCGGUCUAGUCCAUCACCACAUGGUUCGCAACAAGUGGAGAUCACUGGCUGCUCUUGUAGUCGACACUGGAGAGGCUCGUGAAGUCCACCACAUGUGCGUGCUUCUUGGAUACGGUGCUGACGCAAUCUGCCCAUACCUCGCUUUGGAAUGCAUUCUGAAGAUGAACCGCGAGAAGCUCAUUCGCAAGCCGCUGUCCGAUGAGCAGGUUCUUCUAAACUACAAGGCCUCUUGCGAUGGUGGUAUUUUGAAAGUUAUGUCUAAGAUGGGUAUCUCUACUUUGCAGUCAUACAAGGGUGCUCAGAUUUUUGAAGCUCUCGGUAUCGAUGACGCUGUCAUUGAUCGAUGCUUUGCAGGUACUGCUAGUCGCAUUCGCGGUGUCACAUUUGAGCUUAUUGCGCAAGAUGCUUUUGCUUUCCACGAGCGAGGCUUCCCUUCACGUCCCAUCACGGAAAUUGCCGGCUUGCCCGAGUCCGGUGAAUACCACUGGCGUGAUGGUGGUGACCCUCACGUAAACGACCCUACCGGCAUUGCCAACAUUCAGGAUGCUGUUCGCACGAAGAAUGACAAGUCCUAUGAGGCAUAUGCCCGUGCAGAACAUGAGGCUAUCAAGAACUGUACCCUCCGAGGCAUGCUCGAUUUUGAUUACGAGCAACGCGCUUCUAUUCCCAUCGAUCAGGUUGAACCCUGGACUGAAAUUGUUCGCCGCUUCGUUACCGGUGCGAUGUCCUAUGGAUCCAUCUCUAUGGAGUCUCAUUCCACGUUGGCCAUCGCCAUGAACCGCUUGGGUGGCAAGUCCAACACAGGUGAAGGUGGUGAAGACCCAGAGCGAAGCAAGGUCAUGGAGAACGGCGACACCAUGCGCUCUGCCAUUAAACAGAUUGCUUCUGGACGAUUCGGUGUCACAUCCAAUUACCUCGCUGAUGCUGAUGAACUUCAAAUCAAGAUGGCUCAGGGUGCCAAGCCUGGUGAAGGUGGUGAGCUUCCCGGUCACAAGGUCUCGGGCCCUAUUGCUCGCACACGUCAUUCUACUCCUGGUGUCGGACUUAUCUCCCCUCCUCCACACCACGAUAUCUACUCCAUCGAGGAUUUGAAACAACUCAUCUAUGAUCUCAAGUGCUCCAAUCCUCGUGCUCGCGUGUCUGUCAAGCUUGUCUCCGAGGUCGGCGUUGGUAUUGUUGCCUCCGGUGUCGCUAAAGCAAAGGCUGACCACAUUCUUAUCUCUGGCCACGACGGCGGUACUGGAGCUUCCCGAUGGACUGGUAUCAAGGCUGCCGGUUUACCCUGGGAGCUGGGUUUGGCCGAGACUCACCAGACCCUUGUUUUGAACGAUCUUCGUGGUCGUGUUAUUGUCCAGACUGAUGGUCAAUUGAAGACUGGCCGCGAUGUCGCUAUCGCCUGUUUGCUCGGUGCGGAAGAAUGGGGCUUUGCAACCACCCCGUUGAUUGCUAUGGGUUGCAUAUUCAUGCGCAAAUGUCAUUUGAACACUUGUCCUGUAGGCAUAGCCACACAGGAUCCCGAAUUGCGCAAGAAGUUCCAGGGUACUCCCGAACACGUGAUCAACUUCUUUUACUAUGUUGCCAACGAGCUUCGCGCUAUUAUGGCCAAACUCGGUAUCCGCACUAUCAAUGAGAUGGUGGGUCGCGCUGAGUUGCUCAAGGUCAGGGAUGACAUUCGUUCACCCAAGCAGGAAAACAUCGACUUGUCUCUCAUUUUGACCCCUGCUCACUCGCUACGCCCUGGCGUUGCUACCUACAAUGUGCGCAAGCAGGAUCACCGCCUGCACGUUCGUCUCGACAACAAGUUGAUUGCCGAGUCUGAGCUUGCCUUGGAGAAGGGGCUUCCCUGCAGAGUUGAGUGUGAUGUCGUCAACACUGACCGCGCUCUGGGUGCCACUCUCUCAUACCAGAUCAGCCGUCACUACGGAGAAGUUGGUUUGCCGCAGGACACUAUUCAUGUCAACAUCAAGGGCUCUGCUGGUCAAUCAUUUGGUGCAUACCUUGCUCCUGGUGCUACAUUGGAGCUUGAGGGUGACGCCAACGACUAUGUCGGCAAGGGUCUGUCCGGUGGUCGUCUUAUCAUCUAUCCUCCCCGUGGCGCCGUUUACAAGGCUGAGGAGAACAUCAUCAUUGGUAAUGUCUGUCUCUAUGGUGCUACCGGUGGUACUUGCUACUUCCGCGGUGUUGCUGCUGAGCGAUUUGCUGUGCGAAACUCCGGUGUUACUGCUGUUGUUGAAGGUGUUGGUGAUCACGGUUGCGAGUACAUGACUGGAGGUAGAAUCCUUGUCCUUGGAUCUACUGGUCGUAACUUCGCAGCUGGUAUGUCCGGUGGUAUUGCCUACGUUCUCGAUGUCAACCAGGACUUCCACUCCAAGAUCAACAUGGAGAUGGUUGAAGUAUCCGGAUUGGAAGACCCAGCCGAAAUCGCUUUCGUCCGGGGUCUCAUCGAGGAUCAUCACCACUACACCGGCUCUGAGCUCGCAGCUCGUAUCCUGCUUGACUUCAACCGCGCUCUUCCACGCUUCGUCAAGGUUCUGCCUACCGACUACAAGCGUGUCCUCCUCGAGGAAGCCGCCAAGGCCGAGGCAGCUAAGAAAGCGGAAUUCACGCUUCCUAAGCUCCCAAGCACCCCUGCUCCAGUCGAAGAGAAGAAAGAGCACAAGCAUGAAGACGCCAAGAAGAGCGAUCUCCUCGAUAUCGAAGACAGCAUCAGCGAUCCUAAGGCUGAGAAGAAGCGCACUGCUCUUAUUCUCGACAAGACCCGCGGCUUUAUGAAGUAUCACAGACGCAGCGAGAAGUACCGCAACCCAACCACCCGUACCCGUGACUGGGCCGAGCUUUCGAGCCGUCUCACUGAGGACGAGCUGAAGUUCCAGUCCGCACGUUGCAUGGACUGCGGUGUCCCCUUCUGUCAAUCUGAUAGCGGUUGCCCUAUCUCCAACAUCAUUCCUAAGUGGAACGAGCUUGUUUUCCAGAACCAAUGGCAAGAUGCCCUCAACCGACUCUUGAUGACAAACAACUUCCCUGAGUUUACCGGUCGUGUCUGCCCUGCUCCCUGUGAAGGUGCUUGCGUGCUUGGCAUCAACGAAGACCCAGUUGGCAUCAAAUCCAUCGAGUGCGCUAUCAUCGACCGCGGUUUCGAAAUGGGCUGGAUGGUCCCUCGUCCCCCUCCUAGCCGCACUGGAAAGAAUGUCGCUAUUAUUGGAUCUGGCCCUGCUGGUCUUGCUGCCGCUGACCAACUCAACCGCGCCGGUCACUCCGUCACUGUGUAUGAGCGCGCAGACCGCAUUGGUGGUCUGCUCAUGUACGGUAUUCCCAACAUGAAGCUCGACAAGAAGGUUGUUCAGCGUCGUGUCGAUCUCAUGGCUGCCGAGGGAGUUAAAUUCGUUACCAGCACUGCUGUUGGGCCCGAUCACGAAGUUAGCAUGGAAUCUCUGCGUCAAAGCAAUGAUGCUGUCAUUAUUGCUACUGGUGCCACUGUUGCUCGUGAUCUCAAGAUUCCUGGACGUGAACUCGAGGGUAUCCAUUUCGCGAUGCAGUUCUUGCACAAGAACACAAAGUCUCUUCUGGACUCUCAACACGCAGAUGGUGCAUACAUCUCUGCCAAGGACAAGCACGUUGUUGUCAUUGGUGGUGGUGACACUGGUAACGACUGCAUUGGUACAUCGGUGCGUCACGGAGCUAAGAGCGUUGUCAACUUUGAAUUGCUGCCACAGCCUCCGCCAGAGCGUGCCCGUGACAACCCUUGGCCACAGUGGCCUCGUAUCUACCGCGUUGACUACGGUCACACUGAGGUCAAGACUCACAUGGGCAAGGACCCUCGUGAGUACUGCAUCAUGUCCAAGGAGUUUGUCGAUGAUGGCAACGGAAACGUGAAGGGUAUCAACACCGUUCGCGUUGAGUGGACAAAGAGUGCCUCUGGUGGAUGGGACAUGAAGACUGUUGAAGGCAGCGAGCAGUUCUUCCCUGCUGACUUGGUCAUGCUUUCCAUGGGUUUCUUGGGACCCGAGGACCGUCUACUUGGAGAUGAGAUUGAACGCGAUGCGCGCAAGAACGUGAAGACUGCACCGGGCCAGUAUGCAACCAACCUUCCGGGCGUCUUUGCUGCAGGAGAUUGCCGUCGUGGACAGUCCCUUAUUGUUUGGGGUAUCAACGAAGGUCGUCAAGCUGCUCGUGAAGUCGACACGUACCUCAUGGGAACUGGAUCCCUUCUUCCGGUGACCGGUGGUAUUGUCCGUCGCCCAGCUGCUGAUGCUGUUCCGCAGGUCACUGCAACUGUUGCUGCUUAA